GUUCCGCCCACCGAGGUAUCUCUGAUCGCAGGGCAGACACACAGGCACAGAGUGUAAAAUGGCGCACAGCUGUCGGUGGCGGUUCCCCGCUCGGCCCGGAGGGAGCAGCUACUACGGUACCGGGAGGAGAGCGGGCCGGAUUAGGGUUACUGCCUCUCUGCCGAGUGUCUCGGGAGCCCACCCCAACGCAGCUGGACUCGGACCCGGGUUUGAUGCUGCACUACAGGUUUCUUCGGUUAUCGGGAGCAACCUGCAAAAAUUCCGGAAUUUCGGGGGGGAUUCGAGUGACUCGAGCAGCGGGGAGGAAGUGGGAUUUAGCGGUUUUGGACCAGGUGCCGAGUAUGAAAAAUAUAAUUUCUCUUCAGCAGCCCUACUCAUACAGGAUAGAAAGCCAAGAGGUCGUCCACCACGGGCAACAACUGCCCAAAAAACUGCAGCAGGUACAUCUUGCCCCACCUUUAACUCCUCCCCCAGCCACACAAAACCUGAGGCACCUGAAAGGUUUGCUGAUAAGGUGAAAAAACUUCCGGGAAGGCCACCAGGGACGGGGGAAAAGAGAAGAGGCCGCCCCCCAUCCUCAACUACAAGGAAAGCUUUGAAUACAGGAAUCCAUUCUUCAGCGGAGGAAAGCGGACAGGCGACUUUGGGAUUGGAUGAAGAUGCUAAAGAAGGAAAGGACAGAAGAGGUGCUAAAAGAGCACAUCUCGGCUCCUCACACCCUCUUGACGCUGAUGCCAAGCUAUCCCAAGUGGGUCGGAGUGAAUCCAAAGCUGCCCAUCUUAAAAGAUCUACAAAGCUUGCCGCACUCAAGUCAAAGCUUAAGACCUUGUCUGGUGUACCAAGACGGAGACGGGGGCGACCACCUUCAGCCGACAGGCUCAAAGCUGAGGCUUCUCUAUCUUCUCCAAAUGAAAGUGUGGAAUCACUGAACUUGAGAAGAGAGGAAAGGGGCUCAGAACCACACACCCCACCACAUUCUAUACUGGGGAAUGAUGACCAGAACACAAACGCACCUGUGUCCCCAACUCGUUCCAAGACUGGCAGGACAGUGGAGCUCCGAAAAAGUCCUCGACACAGAAAGCCUGUCAGAAUUGUCCCCCAAUCUAAACGCACUGAUGCCACGAUUGCUAAACAGCUACUGCAGCGUGCUAAGAAAGGAGCACAGAAGCGACUGGAGAAAGAGGCAGGGGUUGGGAGUAAAGGGUCAGGGGCCAAUGAUGUUGGCAUUAGGAAAAACCAACUCAAAAAUAUCAGACAGUUUAUCAUGCCAGUUGUGAGCACAGUCUCGCUUCGUAUCAUCAAGACCCCAAAACGGUUCAUAGAAGAUGAGGGCAACUUUGGAUCACCGCCUCCCCAGACCAAGAUUGCUCGAUUGGAAUCAACUUCCUCAGUCUCCACGUCUGCCCAGCACACCCCAACUACUUCCUGUGUCCUUUCAGUGUCAAUUGCCUCAUCUUCAAAUACCACAACAAGCACUAUAACAACAGCUCCUAAGGACUCCCUGCCUCCACCACCUCCCCCCGCCCCCAUUCCUAGUGUCCCAACAGCAGCUGCUACCCUCCUCAACAGCAAUACUAACAAUGCUGCUAACGGUCGAUUUAGCAGUAGUGCAGCUUCUUGUGGCUCAAGUGCUGUGUCCCAACAUUCCUCGCAGCUGUCCUCUGCAGAGUCUUCCAGAUCCAGCAGUCCAAGCUUGGAUGACUCCUCAUGUGACUCCCAGGCCUCUGAAGCUGAGGUCUUGUCUGAGGCGGAGGAGCACUCUGCAGUUUCCCAAGAGGAAGAGGAAGCCCAUGUCUCACACACCUCACAGCCUCCCUCUCCUCCCUCGGAGCCUGAGCGUGCACUGUCUGAAAGGAGUCGACGUAGCCAUCGAGGCCCGGUGGCCAGUCGAGAAAACCGUAGCCAAGUGGUGAGAGAGUCGCAUACUAGUGUGGCUAAGAAACCCAUCAUCAGCCCACCAACUGGGCCUCUGAUGUCCCCAUCUACUCUUGUGAAUUCCCAGCAAGUGUCGUCGAAUGCCUCCUCAUCUUCUUCACCUCCACCCCCUCCACUCCAUACCCCACCGCAGCCUUCAUUAUCAGCUUCCUCAAAUGCCUCUGCCAUUAGUGAGCACCAUACACAGUCACCCUGGAUGUCUCACGCUCUUCCUACUUUCAUGCCAGCACCGUCGGUUCUCCCAAGCAUGAUGGACAAAAGAAGCCGUUCAAUUUUAAGGCAACCCACCUUCCGCUGGACAUCAUUGUCCUACCCUAAACAACAGUGCUUUUCAUCUGCCAAAUAUGCGAAGGAAGGUCUCAUUCGCAAACCCAUAUUUGACAACUUCCGUCCUCCUCCGCUUACAGCUGAAGAUGUGGGUCUGUUACCCCAGGGUGUUAGUGGACCGGGCGGAGCCGCACCUGUCACAUUCCCCGCACAAGGCAGUGCAGCUGGAAUUGGUAGUCGCCUCUUCUCUCCGCAUCAUCCGCACACCCACCACCACCAGCAUCCAUCUUCAUCCCGCUUUGAUGCACCACUCCAGAAACGUAGCCCAUUGCUUAGGGCGCCACGGUUCACUCCCAGCGAGGCGCACUCUCGGAUUUACGAGUCCGUUAACCUUCAGUCGUCGUCUGGAAGCAGUCCUGGCUCUCAGUCCCCUCACCGGACCCCUUCCAGUUCAAAAAGAACGUCACGGCGCAAGAAAAGGCUGGUGGCUGCGGCACUUCGCGGUCACCCACGUUCACCCACUCAUACUAUGACAAGACGCAGCAGCCAAAUUGGAAGCCAGAUAUCCUUGAUGAAAGGCUCUUCUGAGGUGUCGAUGCUUACUGGUUCAGUCUCCAAUAGCAAACCCAGCUCUUUGCCAGGGCCCUCUUCGAGUCCACUUGCUACCAGUGCCUUAACUCCUGCUCCUUUUGGCACUUUCUCUACUGUAUCGAUUGGGGGAGCUGCACAGGGGAUGCCUGAUAAUAGGAGAGUACCUGCUGGGAAUCCAACAUCUUUGUCGACUACAUCAUCUUCCAGCGCUCCACAUUUUCCUCUUUUUUCAUCCAGUGCCCUGGAUUCAGGUCGAGGAAAUGGUAAAGGUGGUAAAGAGAAAAGCAUGCCAGCCCCACAGGAACCAUGUCCAAAGGAAAAAGAAAGAGAUUUUGAGAAAACUCGAGAGAAGGAGAAGAGAGAUGGGAAGAAGGAUCUAGAAAGACGAAGUAAGGUAUCCACUCCAGAUAGUUCGCCAAACGCCAGUCUCUUUCCUGUGUCAGGGAGAGACACGGAAGAAGUGCUUUCAUCCAGCGUUCCUAAAAAGACGCCCGGAAGAAAGAAAACAUCAGCGGACAGUGUUUCCGAUUCUGUGUCCUCCGAGGGACGUGGGAUUCGUGCGACUGGUCCAGUAUUAAAUGCAAAGGGGCGUCUGCCUAAAAAGGGUCAAACGACUGAGAGGGAGUCGGACACAGAGGAUGAGGAGACUGAGAAACAAAGUCAGCAGACAGCAGUCCACCCAGCGCAGCCGGGAAAACAGCCCUCUGCCUCUGCAUUUAUUGACACGGAUAAGCGGGUGGUAGGGCUCCUGAAGAAGGCCAAGGCCCAGCUCUUUGAGAUCAAGAAAAUUAAACUGAAGCCAACCGACCCGACGAAGAUCCAGGGUCAGGAGAGUGACUCGUCUGAGACCUCAGUUCGUGGGCCCCGGAUCAAGCACGUAUGUCGUCGUGCAGCAGUGGCUCUUGGACGCAAUCGGGCAGUCUUUCCCGAUGACAUGCCCACUCUUAGUGCCUUGCCCUGGGAGGAGAGGGAGAAGAUCUUAUCUUCCAUGGGGAACGACGAUAAGUCAUCAGUGGCGGGCUCAGAGGAGGCAGAGCCUCUAACACCUCCCAUCAAGCCACGAGAAACACGACAGAAGGCUAUUACUGAAGCGCCACCCAAAAAGGGUCGACGGUCUCGCCGGUGUGGCCAGUGUACCGGCUGCCAGGUACCAGAAGACUGUGGGGUCUGUACCAACUGCCUUGACAAGCCCAAGUUUGGGGGGCGCAAUAUCAAAAAGCAGUGUUGCAAGAUGAGGAAGUGUCAGAACCUACAGUGGAUGCCCUCGAAGAUGUUUCUUCAGAAGCAAGGAAAAGGCAAGAAGGAUAAGAAAAAGAACAAAAUGUCAGAAAAGAGAGAGAGUCUCAAUCCAGUGAAGGGACAACACGAGUCUGCCCCGAAAACCACUAUUGUGCCGACGAAUGAGGAACCGCAGCACAAAAAGACUGACACACCUCCACAUAAACACGGAGAGGACAAGUCAAAGCCUUCCUCCAAACAAUCCUCCCCAGCACUGGCAUCUUCCCCUUCUCCAGUUGAACCCACACAGACUGCAUGUGGCAUCACAGACCAACCAGAGUCUCCAGAUCUUAAUCCAGACCCGGACUCACUUUCAGGCAGCGUCAUAUCCGAGAAGAAACAGCAGCAGACUGUACCUACAUCGUCCUCCUCUUCCUCCUCCUCUUCCUCCUCCUCCUCUGCCUCCUCUUCUUCCUCAUCUUCCUCAUCAUCUACAUCUUCUUCUUCAUCGUCCUCAUCUUCUUCCACCUCAUCGUCAGCCCAGAAUUCCCCUUCACAGUCUACGCCAUCGUAUCAACCACUUCAACAGCAAGAAAGUCUGCCUAGCAGUCAAGCGCCUUCAAAGAAGGAUGCCUCGCCCAAGAUUCAGUUGAGCGAAACCAAGAAGAAGCCUCCACAGCAAUUAUCGCAGAGCUCCAACACCACUGUGGAUGCAGGCAAUGCAAAACAUUUGAAGAAGCCAGCGUCACGCACACUUCCUUUAUCUCAAAAAGAGAGACCAAAAGAGAAGGUACUCACAGCUAAACUCCCAAGCAGCUGUACUUUAAACUGGCAGAGCACUCCCUCGACUAGGGUCCAAGCAAAGUCUAGAGCAUCCUGCGACGGAGUGCAUAGAAUCAGAGUGGAUUUCAAGAGGGACCACAAUAUGGAGAAGGUGUGGGGGGCUGGUGGCCUUAGUCUGCUCACCUCUGUGCCUGUCAAGCCCCGAGUUCUCUGCUUCUUGUGUGCCAGCAGUGGAAACGUUGAGUUUGUCUUCUGCCAGGUUUGCUGUGAGCCAUUCCAUCUCUUCUGUUUGGGGGAAACCGAGCGCCCUAUCCAUGAACAGUAUGAAAACUGGUGUUGUCGAAGGUGUCGUUUUUGCCAAGCCUGUGGUCGGCAGCAACACAAAACUAAACAGCAGCUGCUAGAGUGUGAUAAGUGCCGUAACAGCUACCACCCUGAGUGCCUGGGUCCCAACUACCCAACAAACCCCACCAAAAAGAUGAGAAUCUGGAUUUGCACCAAGUGCGUGCGCUGUAAGAACUGUGGAGCCACCAAACCAGGAAAGUCAAAGGAUGCCCAGUGGUCACAUGACUUCUCCAUGUGUCACGAUUGUGCCAAACUCUUUACAAAAGGACACGUCUGUCCGCUUUGUGAGAAGUGCAACGAGAGCGAGGAGAACAACAAGAGGAGGAUACAGUGUGGCCGCUGUAAACUGUGGGUUCACGCCAAGUGUGAGAACCUCUCUGAUGACAUCUUUGAGCUGCUGUCUAAGUCGAAGCAUGAGAGAGUUGCAUUCACAUGCACCAAAUGUACGGAACGUCAUCCGGCUGAGUGGCGCACGGCACUGGAGAGGGAACUUCAGGGAUGCAUCCGUCAUGUCCUCACAGCACUGCUGAACUCGCGCACGUCCACGCACCUACUGCGAUACAGACAAGCGGUGAAACCUCCUGAGCUUAAUCCAGAAACCGAAGAGAGUCUUCCAUCCCGUCGUUCUCCUGAGGGUCCAGAUCCUCCGGUUUUGACGGAGGUUAACCCGAGUCAUCAUGGCGAGGCGCCCGUAGAUCUGGAGUCGGUCCAGAAAAAAAUGGAUCGAGGCUGCUACAACUCAGUUCUGGAAUUUAGCGACGACAUCGCACGGAUCAUCCAGGUGGCCAUCAAUAACGAACAACAUCAGCCCGACAGUAGGAAGGCCAACAGCCUGAUCAAGUCUUACUUCAUCUGGCAAAUGGAGAGAAUCUUUCCGUGGUUCAGAGUGAAGGAGUCCAAGUUCUGGGAAAAGCGAAGUGGUUCUGCCAACGCUCUCCUUCCCAACGCUGUGCUGCCACCGUCCCUGGACCACAACUACGCCCAGUGGCAGGAGAGGCAAGAGCUCUCCCGCGCUGGCCAUCAACAUCUCAUGAAGAAGAUCAUACCAGCUCCACGGCCCAAAACCCCCAGUGAAGCAGAUGUCUCAUCCUCGCCAGUUCCUGCACCUCUACCCCCACCACCUCCACUACUCCCUGAUUUUGAAGAGACUCCUCAUGUUCCUCCUCCACCAGGUGUCAGUGAUCACAGACAAUGUGCUUUGUGUUUACAAUAUGGAGAUGAGAACACCAAUGAGGGCGGCAGGUUGAUAUACAUCGGUCAGGACGAGUGGACCCAUGUGAACUGCGCCCUGUGGUCAGCAGAGGUGUUUGAGGAUGAAGACGGUGCACUCAAGAAUGUUCAUCUGGCCGUGGCACGCGGGAGGAAGCAGCACUGUGAGUUGUGUCAGAAGAUUGGAGCCACGGUUGGCUGCUGUUUUACCUCCUGCUCCAGCAAUUACCACUUCAUGUGUGCUCGCCGGUGCCACUGCAUCUUCCUCAUGGACCGGAAAGUCUAUUGUCCAAAGCACAACGACCUCAUAAAGGGGGAGGUGAUGUCAGGGUUUGAGGUGGCCAGGAGAAUCCUUGUCGACGUGGAAGGAGUCAGACUCAGGAGAAAGUGGUGUGCUGGGUUAGAACCCGAGAAUGUCCACAUGAUGAUCGGGUCAAUGACCAUCGACUGUUUGGGGAUACUGACUGAACUGUCUGACAGCAAGAACAAACUUUUCCCAGUUGGCUACCAGUGCUCCAGAGUGUAUUGGAGUACUUUAGAUGCCCGGAAGCGUUGUGUGUACACCUGCAGGAUUCUGGUAUGUCACCCUCCCGUGGUGGAGUCUGAUCUGAAGAACAUGAUGGCUCCUGAGGAGAAUCGCACCAUAGCACACAGCCCACCUCCCAUAUCAGACUUUCCUGAUCCGUUUGAGUCACCGAGACGUUCAGACACACUUUCAACAACAAACAACCCCAAGCUGAGAGUUUACACCAGGAACCGACAACCUGGCCCACCCCCCAGCCUUCCUUCCAUAGGCCCCAAACUCCCGCCCUCCUCAGGAAGAACCAUUCAGGCCCAGAACCACGACAGUGUGAUGGGGGACGAGCAACAAAAGCCUACCAUGCAAAAAAUGGAUUCACUCAGAAAAAGUUCCAUGCCAUCGCACUCUCUCCCUCCCCAGCAGCUGCACAGGCAAAGAGGAAUAUUGCCACCACUAUUCUUGUCCAAGCCCCUCCACUCACCACCUCCACUCAUCCCGUCAGAAAACUCAGAAAGAAAGGUCAAACAUACAAGCAGAGACUCUUCGCAAAGGGACAACGCAAAAGGCAGAAUGUCUUCUAUCGAGAGGAAUAAUAUUCAAACAGUAAAUGAUCAAGGGUUGAGAAACCAGGACAAGGAAAUGGUCUCGGGUCACGAACAAGCGUCCAAGGACUCGGAGAAGAAUAGAUCUUUGAAAGAUCUGGUCCAAAAAGACUUAAACAAGGUCGAAUCAGCCAAAGAUCAGGAAAAGCUGAGAGCAGCGAGCAAAGGCUCGAGCCUGAAGGAAGCUCAGUGCGAAUUCAGCCAUGGCAGAAACCCCUUGAUAGAAUCAGGAACAGAGAAACCAAACAGAGACCCAGAUUGGGGAAAACAGUCCAGCAGAAGGUCGAGUCACAGAGAAUCGGACAAAAACAAAUCCUCCUCGCGGGAGCAUGACCAAAAGGAUGGCGAAAAAGUGAAGUCAUUCAGUAGAGAUGCGGGUCUUAAGGACGUGGAAAAGCAUAAACAUCAUAACAGGGACUUGGCAAAAGACAGGUCAUUCAGCAAACUGUCUCAAAAAGACAGACCCCACUCUCAAGAUCCAGGCCACAGAAGCACAGAGAAACACAAAGAUUCUGGUAAUAAGUCCCGGCUUCUCGGUGGUGAAGGUAGGAGUGCCAAGCUGCUCCCUGCUGGCUCAGGUCAGUCGUCUCCUCCAGUUGGCACCGCAGUUCUUACAAGUCAGCAAAGAGGUGGAAGCACCAAACAGGCUGACAAACAAGGAAAGCAUGGAGAUGUGUCAGGAAACCUCAGUUUGUUGCCACAUAACCAUUCCACAUCCACCUCCAGCACCUUCCAGCCGAAGGACAAGUGGAACUCAGGGAAGGAAGGUAGAAGUGGAACACCAUCUCUACUGCUGAAGGGCUCAGUCACUGGUAAAUCAAGCUCCCCAAACCCUACGUUGCAAAAGACAAACCCAAGGAAAUCAAGUGAUUACCCGUCCGCUCCACUCACAGCUGCAGCUCUGAACCCCUUCUGGCAGUCACGGGUGACGUCUGACGACGACCUGGUUAAACGAGGAUCCAUGAAUGUGUCUCCAGCUGCAGCCAUUGCUGCCAAAGACAAAGUACUCAAAGUGAAGGCUGGCGAUGGCAGAGAAGAGCCCAAAGAAAGAAAAGAUAAGAUGAGUAUGAGCAACAAGCCUCAUCCUCUUAAAAAUAACACCAACUCCACUGAGAAUUGCAACCUGUAUGCCCUGAUCCCGAGCUCUCAGAACAACAGUGAUGGCAAAGAGGCCAGUAGUUUGGGCAGCUCCAAACCUCAUACUAGGAACCAGGGAGAGAGGACUGAGGUCCAGGAUCCAGACAGGUCCUCUUCGAAGAGUCAGGAGAAUCUGUCUUGCUCUGAGAAGAACAGCCUCAGCGUGGAUAGACCACUGCAGCUCCACUCUGGCAAGGUGUCUGAAAAAAGGAUGAAGUCAUCUUUUCAGUCACGCACCAACCCAGUGAGUCACCAGUUACCCUCUAAAGAAAGAAGAAGAGCCACCAGUUCAUCCAAGGGGACACAGAUAAACACAGAAUUGGACUCUGCCCAGCCCGGCACUGUAAGCAUUGUUUCUUCAUCCUGUUCCACCACUUCCUCUGCCAUCUCGCCUGCUGGCCUGGAGACCCACCGUUCGGCCCCGUCCACUAUCUUCUCCUCACCGUCAGCCAGUAGCAGUGACAGCUCAGAGUCUGACACCCAGGCUCACACAGAAGAAGAUGAUUUACACAAAGAUGAGCCUCACAACAAGCUCCUGGACCACAGUCUCCUCAGUCAUGGCACAGAAGAUGAGACGGACUGCCCUGAUUAUGACCCCGACAGAGGCAUGGAUGAUAAACACCAUGAAGAUGACAGUGAUGGAUCUGGGUCGGCCAAGCGGCGUUACCCCCGCCGCAGCGCCAGGGCCCGCUCCAAUAUGUUCUUUGGACUCACUCCUUUUUAUGGUGUUCGCUCAUAUGGUGAGGAAGAUCUCCCUUUCUAUGCUGGCGCAGAUGGCUCGGCCUCCUUUCUCAAGAGGAGGAGCGGUGGUCGCAGGAAAUCUGCUGAAGGCCAGGUAGACGGAGCGGAUGAUAUUAGCACGUCCUCCUCGUCAGGGGACAGUGGAGAGGACGACGAGAGCGGAAUGAAGCAGAGGGAUCCGUUCUACUACAACUUUUCUCGAACCAUUAUCAAUCCGGGGGAAGGGCUGCCAUCGAUAGAAGGGAUAGACCAGUGUUUGGGACGAGGGUCUCAGCUACAGCGUUUUCUCAAUGAUGAAGAGCAGCAGCAACUGCGAGCUCAAGGGAGUGAAGAUGAGGACCUGAUGGGCACUCUGGCUCUGGGAAAGCAACAUAUUGGCCAACUGGAUGGUGUUGAUGAUGGAUCAGAGAGCGACACGAGCAUCUGUACCACCAGUACCACAGCAACAACUGCAACCUCCUCCUCCACCCCGAAUAAAAGCACCCCAAGAAGACGGGCCCGGGAUCGGAAAUUGGAUUCCCAUGAGUCGAGCAAAGAAAGCGCCAACAGCAGUGGGGCAGCAGUCGGCAGCGGCUCUCGAGAUGGCAAGAAGAACCCAAAAGAUAAUUCUCUUCCCUUGGGAGGGGGGAUCAAGUCUCAACAACAGAGUCAGGAUCCUCUUGAAGCGCAGCUCUCCCUGAGCACAGAUCUGCUUAAGUCGGACUCGGACAAUAACAACAGUGACGACUGCGGUAACAUUUUGCCAUCGGACAUCAUGGAGUUUGUCCUUAACACGCCGUCCAUGUCGAUGCAGACUCUGGGUCAGCAGGCAGAGUCUUCCUCCUCAGAGCUGCUGCUGGAUGAAAGCUACGUUGGCGUGGACGUGAACCGACGCAAAGAUAUCCUGUUUGACGAUUUUUCCCAGCCAAUUCCCAAUUCAGAGGGUGGAGGCGUCGGUGAAGGCAGCGUCAACAACUCCAUCUCCGUAGAAGAGCCUUAUCUCCCACUGGAGCUCCCGUCUGACCUCUCUGUCCUCACGACCCGAGGUCCGUCUGUCGGCGCCAACCAGAACCAUGCUAGCGGAAGCCUCAUUUCAGAUGCGUCGGACCGCACCAUGCUGGGCUUGAACUCUGACUCUGAGUCCGGCAGUGUGGACAAGGGCGGGGAUAAGAAACGAGAUGGCCCUAGCCUUUCACCAUCAGGUGACCAUGAAGCAACUUUGGGUAACAGGGAAACGCCAACCACUGAUGGUCACAUGACACCAAAGCCGUUUAUUGGCCAAGGGGUUGAUUCGCCUGUUGUUCAAGAUGUGCCGAGGAACUCCAGCACCCCUGCCUUACGUAACUCUCCCUCACAGCCACUUCAAGCACCAAAGUUUUUACCAGGAACUUCUACUGGCAGCCCUACUCCCAUACCAGCCCCAGGACCUCCCCAGGCGCAAGUGUCCACUCAAGCAGUCAUCAAACCAGGUCCUGACAAACUCAUUGUGGUCAACCAGCAAUUCCAGCCCCUCUAUGUCCUACAGACAGUCCCCAAUGGUGUCACUCAAAAAGCAAAUCCCACAGGAGUGAUGGACGGCACCUCUCAGGCAGUGUUGAGUUCUAUGACCCUGACCACAGGGUUAAAUGCCGGCUUAUCUUCUCCUCAGCCGAUCUUUCCUGCUGGUGGCAAAGUCCUCAGUACAAUGCCGCACUCCUCUCAGAUCCACACCUUCAGAAGCCCCACUCAGGCUGCAUUCCAGGCUGGCAUUCCCAGUACGACUUCAGGCCUUCUCAUUGGGAUACCCUCUCAGCCGCACGACCAAUCCCAGAUUCUGGUCUCCGAGGCCGCUCGGCCUCAUGAACUGGCACAUAGUGUUGCCAUCGUAUCCACUCCCUCUUCUCUCAACACGUCCCCAGCUGUCAUUGCCUCCGCCCACGGAAAGAAGAGGCCAAUCUCUCGCCUUCUCCCCAAGAAAGGCAAGAAAGUGUCUCGGCCCCGUAGUCAGCCCACUCUGGCACCCUCAGACGUCGUCAUACCCAAUAUGACCCUCAUCAACCUCUCUUCCUCUCAGAUAGCUGCUGGUAUCCCGGCUCAGCCUGGGAGUUUAGUUGAGCUAAGUGCCCUGUCAAACACCCAGCGGAAAGUUCCAAAUAUCAUCAAGAGGACCAAGUCAGGCGGCGUUAUGUAUUUGGAACCGACCGCUCUAAUCCAACCAAGGCUGCCUGGCUCGGCGCAGCCGGGCAUCCUGAGUCACGACUCCUCUGCUCACCUGCUUCCCGGCACGGUUUCUGGCACGAGCCAGUCAGUUCUGAAUGUUGUGUCUGUGCCUGCGAGUGGUGCCUCAGGCCUGUUGGCCCCGGGAUCAGUCUCAUUAUCAACCCCAGUCCUAAGCUCCUCAGAGAUCACAGGUCAGUUUAGCAAUCUCUUGUUCAAAGCUGCUCCACAUGGGCUGGGCCUUCAGCCAGCUGGUGCAUCUCCACUCGUGUCCCAACUUGGCUCUGCCGUUCAGACGUCGAUGGCCAGCAGCAUUUGCGUCCUACCGUCACAACAGACAUUCAGCAUGGCAGUCAGCAGACCAGGAGAUGCAGACAGCUGCAAUAUCCACCCACAGCAUCAGUCUCAGCUGGUAUCCAGAGCCCCGUCCAUGGACUCCGGUCCAAACACCACGCUGACUUUAGCUCCUGCCGUCUCUUCAAGUCCUGCAAAAGGGCCGGUUGUGCUGUCCCCGAAACAGUCUUCUGCCCACUCUCAAGCCAGUAGAACUACUCCAAUAUCCAGGUCCUCCGAGGUGAAGAGUCGUCACAUCACGCUGGCAUCAGCCAUUACACGAGCAGAGAAGAGCAAGACCAAGACUAAGAGGUCUCGACAGAGUCCUGACAUCAUCAGUGGCAAGAAGCUCAAGGCCUCGGAGGAGUCUUGCAAUGAAAGUGCGAGGUGGCCGCCAUCAAGUCUCAGUUCCAGAGAGCUCACCUCGCCUGAACCCAUGGACACAGACAAGCCCCGGAGUCAUCUGAACAAGAAGAAGAGGUCAGAAGAUCCUGUCGCAGUUGGAAAAGUUGUGGCGAAAGAAAAACCACCGGCAGACGCCGGCGCCGUUCAUCCUCCUCCUCCCGCUGCUCCUCCACGUGACAGAGACGUCGGCGCCAGAACAGCAGAGCAGGACAGCAAACCAAAGAAGGGCAUCAUCUUUGAAAUCCGGAGUGAGGACGGUUUCCACAUCCGCUGCGAGAGCAUCGAAGAGGCUUGGCGGUCGCUGACUGACAAGGUGCAGGAAGCUCGGUCCAACGCGCAACUCAAGAAGCUGUCCUUUGAGGGUGUGAACGGGCUGCGGAUGCUGGGAGUGGUCCACGAGGCCGUGGUCUUCCUGCUGGAGCAGCUCUACGGCACCAAGCACUGCCGGAGUUACCGCUUCCGUUUCCACAAACCCGAGGAGACGGACCAGCCGCCCAUCAAUCCUCACGGCUCUGCUCGGGCUGAAGUCCACCACAGGAGGUCAGUUUUCGACGUGUUUAACUUCCUGGCGUCCAAACACCGGCAGCCGCCUGAGUACAGACCGCAUGAGGAGGAGGGGGAGGAGGAGGCGCAAACCAGGACGGUCAGGCGUGCCUCCAUGGAGCUGCCCCUGGCUGCGAGGUUCCGACAGCUCAAGGCCACUUCCAGGGAAACCAUUGGAGUCUACAGGUCUCCCAUCCACGGCCGCGGCCUCUUCUGCAAAACCACCAUCGAGAUGGGCGAAAUGGUCAUCGAGUACUCGGGGAACGUCAUUCGCUCGGUGCUGACGGAUAAGCGAGAGAAGUACUACGACGGAAAGGGCAUCGGCUGUUACAUGUUCCGGAUCGACGACUCGGAGGUGGUGGAUGCCACUGUUCACGGUAACGCCGCCCGCUUCAUCAACCACUCCUGUGAGCCCAACUGCUACUCGCGGGUGGUGACCGUGGACGGCAAGAAGCACAUCGUCAUCAUCGCCUCCCGCCGCAUCAGCUGCGGGGAGGAGCUGACGUACGACUACAAGUUCCCCAUCGAGGACGCCAGCAACAAACUGCCCUGCAACUGUGGAGCCAAGAAGUGUCGCAAGUUCCUGAACUGACGCCAGGGGUCAUGUGACCUCCCCGUGCACCAUGGCAUGGUCUGCACCGGUCUGAUGCCAAAUUCUAAAACAUGGAGGCGCCUUUAAAGGAGGAGGGGCCGACGCGCCGGGCUCCACGAGCGGCGCCGUCUCCUCGCGGCUGAGUCACGAAGGCGUGUCAAGGCGUUGCAAUACUGACUCUUUAUGACAUCUGGAAGAUAAGCUAUUUCCCUCCAUCAGUACAUCGGCCUGUCCCCACUUCUCCACGGUGUUUUGCUCCAUUGAAGAACUCGGCUCCAUUUGACACCAAAGUGCAAUUUGUUGAGUGGAUUCUGACAAGAGAAGAGAGGGGUGUUGUCUGUUGUUUUCUUUGUGCUGUGGAUGCACGUCGUCCCUGGCGAAUGUGCCCUGAUGCCUUCAGAGCCCGCAGUGGAACCUUCCCUCAGCCGGCCGGGAGCCGACGCCAGGGGGAGCCACACACGCAGAAAGGUAGAGAUGACGUUCUUCAAUUGUGGCUUCGCUGAAACCAUUUCAUGCUCCAGUCGUGUGUCGAGCCCGGUGAGAACAAGGCAGCUAGAGAUGCUGGUGGACUGACAGCCAUGGACUCUACUGACGUGCUUUACUAGGCCGAUUCCGAUCACCCUGAAAGAGUCCAUCUUUUGGUGUUUUUCAUGUUGUUGUUGUUCCAAAUUACUGCAGCAGAGAGAACCAAACAUCACGCUCUUGAAACUUUUCUUUUUUCAUGCCGACUGUCGUCUGGCCUGUUGUGACAACCUUAAUUAUGACAAAUGUUUUUAUCAUCUGUUAUCUGUCUUUUUUAUGGACAGGAAGAGAUCAUGCUAAAAGUCAAAUCAAAUGUAAAUAAUGUAUAUUUUUCUACAAAAAGAAAGAAGCACUCACUAGUGAAUAGCACUUACUGAUGGUAUUUAUAUUUUUUGAGAAAUUGUAUUUAUUUUAUUGCCAUUUUGUAGGAAAUAGAGGUUUACAAACACUAAUGCUUGGUCUCUAUGUUUUGUAAUCCACUGCCUUGUCCAGUUUGUUCCUGUUGGUUUCUUUUGUUUGGUUUUGUUUGUUCGUAGCCUGAAUGUUUUCCUUUAUUCCAAAGACUGACACUGGUCUGUGGCUUGGUCCUGUUGGGUUCAGUCCACCAGUAUCUCUUCACCCCCAGGCCUUGCGGUCAAAGCUCCAUUUGUUGUGUUUGUCAGUCUUUGUUUUUCAUUUCUCUGGAGAAUGGAAGUCAUGCCAAUAACUUGAUUAUGCACUUGAGAGAGUUUGGAUUGUGGAUUCCGAGCAGAGAUCUCCUCUCUCAGCCUUACGAUCUCCACCAUGACAUGAUUCAUCUGAGCUGCCAGGCAGCGAUCUCAAGAUUAGGAAACUUGCUCUUCUUCAGAAAAGAGGUGCCUUUAUUUUGAAGCCACCCAUGGAAGCGGCCUGGUUGGGUGGUUGCCUUCACCGGCACAUCUCUAACUGACCAACGUCCUGUUUCCAUUGACUGAUGUCCUCUGAUUUGGUCGACGUUUACGUAGUUUGCACUUGAGCGACACCGCAGGCACUGAGAUGCAGACCCUCCAGACUCGGAUCCAACAGACUUAACGGCCCCGAGUGGCCCCGCCGCUGCUGGGAUCUGCUGCUAAGUUCCACCAUGAAUGUACAACCCUCCUCCACACGUCUUCAGAUUGUGCUUGCUCCGUCAGCCAUCUUUGUUUUCGAGUCUCGUGCCAACGCCUGUUCAACAGCGAGAGCAACACUGGAGCACGCGGCGGCAGUUUGAAACCGGGUCGGGGCGAACGCGUCACCAUCAGCAAGGGCUCUGUCCACACCUGUCCAGAUCCACCUGCAUGCUCAUGAAGGUUCAUUCAGUAGAUCACCAAACUGUCUCUCUCUCUCAUUGGAUUUUGCGUUCACUUCUCCGUCAUCAUCUGUAAUAAUAGUAUAAAUACAUAACGGUAAUCUACGGAAACAAGCAUAGUCAUUUCUUGUACUUUAGGAACUAUACAAUAUAUGGAAUGGACAGACAAACUUAGUUACAGUAGCAAAACAGGUUAUUAGCAAUGUUUCAAUGUACUCUAUAAUGGUUUUGUGUUACAGUACUAUGGGAUUGAACUAACGUGCAUCAUUCAUUUGUACUUUGAUAUCCAGUACCAGUUUUGCUGUGCCUGUGAAUGUUCCCUUCGCCAGCGAGGAGCUUUGCAGUUUUCUCUCUUUUCUUUCUGGAAAGGAUCCAUUUUCAUGUGCUGAGAAAUGUAACUGUAAUAACGUGGUUGUGAACAUUCUUGAGUUUCUUUUUUCCCUGUUUGUUGUAAACAUUUCUCGGUUGUUUUUUUUUCCCCCCUUUUUUUCUUUGUUUUUUUUCCGUAACAGGGACAUGUUGACAGCUUACUUGACGUGGUAUAAGCGAAGAGCCGGGUUGGUCCCGAGGCCGAACGUCUCCCGGCCCGCCUCUUCCCGUUCGGAAGCAUUGGUUGUACUUAUCAUGUACUGUUUUGUGGAACGUCAUUAUGCUGAAAUAAUGUUGAAAACAUUGAAUUUAUUUAUUUUCCGUGCAACAUCUGCACUGAGUUGUUUUAUCCACAAUUCAAGCUUCUGGAAGGUUGGGAGCGGACGCUUGUGUACAGAACUUAUCAGCCUCGGUCAGGAUGUGGCGCGGAGAGCAUUUGUUUUAUUGCCUUGAAUAUACCUUCGUCUUAUCAGUACUCCAACUCUGUAACAACGGUAUUCACAAAUACAUCAGUCAUUAGAUCUUGUUUUCCAACAGUGUUCUCUCAAUAAACAUCAUCAAAUGAAGGAAAACCACCACCGUGAAAAGAUGAACCACAAACUACUUGGUUGAAUGUAUAAUGAGAAAACAAAGUUGUACAUAAGUGUAAAAAAAAGUUUCUAAUCAUGUUUAUUUUCUAUGCACUUUUUUAU